GCUGUUCUGUUUAGCUAUCAGCUUAAACAAUAACAUCAACAAUAAAAUACAGCUACAAAUGCAAAAAAUGCCACAUUUCAAAAUGCUGAGCAGGGACAAUCAGCAAAUGAGAUGGCAAGAGUAAAUCAUAAUACCAACUUGUGCAUACCAAGCAAAAUAUCUGUUAACCAAUAUCUGAAAAUAUUCACAUCAUAAUCUCUGCAAUAUACGAUUUUAACAUACAGUAUCAAUCUGGGAAUUCGGAAAAAAUUCCAUUGUUUAACUUUUUUGAGCUCGGAUUAGGAAUUACCGCUAACUUUAAGACCGGAUACAAUUUUCCGUGACUUUUUUCGUUCGUAUUGUAGAUUUCAUAACAAUUUAAAGUUUGAAAGCUUAAUAGGGAUUUGAAGACCAGGAUCGUUCCGGGUGAAAUUUUCUACUCAGGGACGCUGAUUACGAUCAAGUCUCUGACAGAUUUUCAACUUGGUUUUGUUAUAACCAACACCUAACUCAAGUACUAAAAUUGUAAAACCAUAAAAUUCUGAUGCUUUAUCUGAAUCUGAAGUUAAAGAAAUGGUGAAUAGAGGUUUGACCUCUUGUGAAUGUAAACUUUUGGAAGAAAAUUUUCUGUGAUAAUACUUUUGGAAAUUUGUGGCUCAAAACCUUAAUUUUUCUUUGAAGACAAGCAGGAAUCACAUUAUAACCAGGGCCGCAGAGAGGUCUUUGAAGUCCUUCAGCAAUUUCGAAAGUGCAGACCCUGCAAGCAGAUCGGGUAGAAAAUAUUUGCGACCAUGCUUUAAAAUGAUUAGCUUGAAAUGAUUUUAGAAUAUUUCUUGCAGUCAUUUCUUGCAAUCGUUUUAAACAUAAUACUUUCUUGGGUAUACUUUUGCAACGUUUGUUUAAAUCUAUUCUUAAUAUGGAUUUCAUUAUGUUAUGAAUAUAGGAGGUUGGUUCUUUCUGCAUAGCACAUUCUGCAUAGCCCGCAUUCAAAAAAUAUCCCAAACACUCAAAACAGCAAGUAUGUUACUUUUGCAAGGGAAGCUGAUCCCCUUGAACUCUUCUACCACAAUAUCACUGUGCUAAAUAAGUUUUGAUAUUUUUCAAUGUAAUGAGGUAAUUUACUGCGAGCGUUUUAGCAAGCACUGCGAGCAUGCGAGCAAAACUGCCCAACUUAUUGCAAAGUGUUUAAAACAUAUUAAUUAUUUAUCUAUUGUUAAACAAUUUCCUGUGAGAAAAUUUUUUACAGCGAAUUUUUAUGGUCACACGGUCAUGGGGGAAAUUUAAUUGGUGUAUUGCUUUUGCAAAUUUCCGGAGAGAAAUUGUUGGUACCGAAUUAUAGAUGUAUUAAUGAUUUUGGGUCUAUGUGCGAAUCUUAAUCCACAACUUUGUGACUGAAAUUUCACGAACCUGAACAUGGCAUUGAGAAACCAAAGGCUAAAAUUUGAUACAGAAUUUUUUCACAGUUCACUGCCAUAACUACAGAAUUCAGCAAAAAAGAAAAAAUCUGUGAUGAUAAAGUAUGGAAUUAACAUCGCCGAUGUAUUUCUCUGGAGCUUAAAAAAAUAUGCCACGGAUAUACCGCAGAAGUACGAGUAUACAAAGAAGCGGAGCCUGAUAAAUCCAUGUAUGGAAUUGCUGGCACUCUGCGUGUAGUUUGUGGCACACUUUAGUAAAACGAGAAUUGCGCAUUGUUGUGUUAUUAUUUGUUGCCGUUCGUUCACUAAUAAAUCCAUCCAUCGGUUACGUGUCAUUUCCAACCCGGUGAAGUUUUAUUUUACGUGCAGAGAACACAGAGCCAGUAAGAGAGACGGUAUGUUGCCUGUAUAGAUCUGAUCUGAACUGAACUCUGAACUAGAAUUACUUACAAAUUAACAUACUUAUAUACAGAAAUGAAUAUCUAAAUUAACACGAAUGGUGUGAGAAAAAAGAAAUAAUCGGAAGGGCGAAUGAAGAUGAUGAAUACAUUGAAUGGCGUGGCAAAGAUUAAGUAAACAAUACAGAUUAGUGAAUGUGUGAUAUGAGAGCAGUGUUGCCACACGUUGGGAUUUCUACCUACUUUGGGGAUUAUCAGAAGUUUAUAGGUUGUAAGGAAAACCUACGGGAUAAAUCAAGAAAACUAGGUAGUUUUCUGGAAAUUGUAGGGAUUUAUAUUUGUUUGCGGCCAAACAAUUAGAUUGCUUGUUUUUCAUAGCUUUGAACAUCAAUUUCCACUGACUUUUCAUUCAAAUGCAAGAAGUAGUUAUGAGAAUAUAUUCCGCAAAAAACGUAAAACCAUAUUUUACGUCAGAGUAACAUCUUACAAAAGCAUUACUUUAUAUAGUUGAAUACUUGUUAUGGUCCUCGAUCUUUAUGGCUUUUAAAAAUAGACUUUUGCUGAAAGUUGUCCUUAGAAGUAUGGGUAGACGUGGGUCAAAACGUGGGAUAUUUUGAAAAAUAUAGAGAUUUGUGGGGAGAAUCCACGCUGAUUGCGUAGGUGGAAAUAGGUAGAAAUCGCCUGCGCAGUAGUCGCUAAGUCGAGCGCUAAGUCGAGCGUGGCAACACUGUGAGUGUGAUGCCUGUGCUGCGAUGUGAGAAUGUGGGAAUGUGAUUGAGUGGAUGAGAAGGAAAAAUUAACGUAAACAGGCCUAAGUAGAUUCACUACAACACUUUUUAAGUGCUACUCUCUCCAUUAAGCCCUGGUCAAGCGAUCCAAAAUUUCACCCAACAUUUCGCCCAACAUCAUGGAUCGUUUGACAACCUUGUUUGGUCAACCAACAUCGUAAAUUUCGAUGUUGGACAAAAUUUGACUGAGGUCAAAAAUGUUGGCUGCCGACGUCCAACAAUUUUUUGUUUUGAAGUGUUAAGUGAAAUGUUGGAUCGUUUUGACCACCUAAGCCAACAUUGUUGGCUCUGCGCAAGCGUAGUCGGUAAAAGACCGCUAAAAUUCAAUCUUAGCAUUGUUGUUGACUUCUCGGGUUGAUUUCGUUCGCUUCGACUCUCGCUUCGACUCUCGCUUCGACUCUCGCUUCGACUCUCGCUUCGACUCUCGCUUUGACUCUCGCUUUGACUCUCGCUUUGACCCUCGCUUCGAUUCUUGCUUCGACUCUAGAUUUUGCUUACAAUUGCAACAAUUUAUAGCUAUGGCGGCGAUUGCCUUUCGUUUUCUCGGAUCGAAAUGUGGUGGCGCAUCGUUAUGUGCGGCCAUCAUCGUGGGCGUCUGGUGUGCCUACUGUUGUUAAGCAACAUCAAUAUUACCUACUACCCAUUCUCUUUUCGAUCUGCGCGAGAGAAUGAUGGUCGAAAUGUUGGGUGAAAUGUUGGAUCGUUUGACCACUAACGUUGGAUCACCUUCCAACAUCGAAAAAAAUAUUGGGCGAAAUGUUGGGCAAAAUGUUGGAUCGUUUGACAAGGCCUUAGCUCCACAACCUCAGUGUAACAUCAAUGAUGAAAAUUUUGCUUGAGUAGUUAUUAGAAACUGCGUCGUGUGCACAACUUUUGACCAAUCAAAACAAGACUGCUUUGUAUUGUAAUGUCCAAUAUAGUUAAUCGCCAGAAGAAUGUCAUAGGUCGCUACACAGUAAAUGUUUAGCUAAAUUUGGAUAUACGCAGUUUGGCAUAACCACCUCAUUGGGCAUAACAGAUGAGGUAGGAUUAGUAAUACCAGAUUUUGUGGUAUGACUUAUCCGGGAUAAGUAGUCUGGCAUUUCCAAAGGAAAAAUCACAAAUGCAGGCGAUCAUACAAUCGACGGUUUGAAUAACACGUCCAGAUUCACCUUAUGUCCGGUUUCCGGUUUUACCAAAAAUGGACAUGCCAAGUAAAGGUUCUUUAAGAGAAAACAUUUUAUCAAAAUUACGCCCCCUUGCUAAAACAACUAUCUUCGGCAUUUAUGACCCAUUGUAUUUAUCUCAUCUUCUGCAAACAAGGGUCGGCCUCAAUAGAUUGAAUUUUUUCAACAAGUACAAUUUUAUUGAGGCGUAAGGCGUGUUAUGGUGACAAAUUGAGGCGUAACGUGUGUUAUGGUGGCAAACGCUCUCGACAUUUCACCUGAUUUCAAAUUUGACAGCACGAGUCUUCCUAGUGUUUAAUCUAAUUUUUAACAACUUUUCUAUUCAUUUCUACUUUUUGUUCAGCCGUUUUUGCAAGCUGGUCGAACUGAUAUCCGGCGGCAUUUCAGAAAACAUCGGCUUUGAAAUUUUCCUUUUAUGGCAUCGUUUUUACAACUAGUUGCGUAAUGAGGUUCUUGUUUUCUCCGCAAUCCUCCAUUCUCCACGUUGUUCGAACGAAUCCAUGUCUUGCAAAGCCAGAUGCAGCGUUCUGGGUUACUUUUUCUUGACCUUUUCAUGCAUUUUAGCGAAGCAACUGCUCAUGCACAAAUUCGACAAGAUCUGCAUGCGCUCGAGAUUUUUAAAGUGAUCAAAUUUACUCAAUGUGUUAUUAGUCUAUACAAGUCUAUACAUGACUAAACAUUGUAUAGUCAGAUAUUUUGUCUUUGCCUAACGUUUUAUAACAGAUCUAUUGAAAAUUUUCUGAAAGCGGGAGUUUUGGUUUGAAAUCGGGAGAACGGGAAAAUAACUCUCAAAUCGGGAGACUCCCGCCCAAAUCGGGAGAGUUUGAGCCUUUGUGUAAUACAACGCUCGACAAGGUGGCCAGACGCUAUACAAAAAGCCGACUCGAACGUCGAUGUGUACAAGGUGUUAUGGUAUGGUCAAAAGUUGAUGUGUAGGCUCACGCUGCUUCAACCUUCGCACGUUGAGUCGAAAUACCACGGAUUUAAGCAAGAUCACAGUAGGAUGUCUAUUAUUAUCCCCAGGCGAUGCUGCUAAUUGGAAAAAAACUUAAUGACUCAUCAACAUACCUGCUUUCUGUUGCAAACACGUUCUACUCUAUUGCUCUUUUGCAACCUUUUCUAAUCUUACUUAAAAAUGUGAUGACGAUUUGUGAAAAGACACUAAAUUAAUUUUUCUACUGUAAUUUCCUUGAAAUUGGACUCGUAUGUCAGCAUUCCCUCCUACAUAUAACACCCUCGAGUAAGCAUUGCAUUAAACUUCUUAAUUACUUAUCAUAUUUAUUCUUGGUCUUCUAUCCUUAUAUGUAAAUUUUUACAAUAAGAUAUAUAAGUUAGUUUUACGCUUCAAUUUGCAGAGGGAUCUUUUCAGAUUUCGCCUUCCUUCAAAAGAAAAGAUUCUCAUGAAAACGGAUAAUAUUAAGAAUAUUGGUUUUGUUUAUCUCAACGGUCUAAAAAUUCACAGAAAUGUCAUAUUUAAAUGGACUAGAAUUACUUUUGAUAGAGAAGUCUUUCAAUAGCAUCCAACUUAAAAUUUGCUAAUUUUUUCCAUGCAUCAUUUGCCUAGGCGAAAUGCAAAGCGAUUCAAUCACAAUCGCAUUGAGAUUUGCUCAGACAUUGCAACUUUUCAUUUCAAACGGACUUAAUCCCAAUGCUAACAACAUGCAGUCCAGAGUUUAUCGAUUCUUGGUUUCCCAGUGACAGGUCUAUGUGAAUUGUUAACUCGAUUCCUUGGCGGCAAACAUUAGCUUAGCUUUAACAAUAUGCAACAGACUUAAUGUAUUGACGCUUAUGGUGAAAUUUUAUGUGUGAGAAAUAUCAAGUUUUGAGUUAAUACGCUUGGCACAGUCUGAAUAUAUAUUUGAAAAAUGAGUUUGUGACAUGGAUUCAAAACAAAGAUAGUGUUAAUGUCGGUCACAAAAAUACCUGCUGAACAUGUAAAACAAUGCGUAGGCCUGUUUCAUAUGUCUAGAACAGUGUCAGGGCAAGUUGGACCGACUCGCAUAUGAAAUGGACCGACUUUUGAAAGCAAAUCUAAACCUUUUCAGACUUUGGCGUGCCAAGAACAGUUACCCACGACCAAUUCUUUUAUGCUGAAACUUGCACAAACUAGUAAGCUGCCAAAGAAGGCAUCAUAUAACUGACUGUUAUUCAUAAGCAAAAUAAAAUGCCUAGAAGAUGUGACCAUCAGUUAAUGCGAUCAAAGAAUGUUCCGAAGAUUUAUAAAAUGGGGCCUCCUGAAACCAUUUGCAUCAUAUUCUCCCACCAAUCGAACAUUGCUCUUGUGCUAAAGAACGUGCAUCUAUGGAAAAGCAAUCCACUUUAUUAUGAUUCAGGGAAAAUUGCAAGAACGCUAUGCGUAAAGAACGGUACAAUGUGACGUCAUCAUUUUGAUAGGCAUUGAAGUAAGACUUUAAUGCUAAUUUGAAAUGGCUUAGUAGCUUCAGAGAUGUCAUGGAUAUUUUGGUAUCGUCUUAAAUAUGAAAAAAGCUGAUCAUAGCCAACUUUGCCCUCCUUUCAAAUUCUUAAUCUAUAAAUUGAUUCCUAUUAUAUUCAAGAAUCAAUCAGAAUGUUAUUUUUGUUAAUAUGUCCUGGAAUUUGUUGUAAUACAUAAGCCAAUCCUAACAGUCAAUGGGCCACUUCUCCACUUGAAAUGGCAGUGCUUGAAUUGUAUGUCCCAUCGGUAUUUCAAACCUGCUGGAUUACGAAACUCAAAAGCAGCGUGGUUGCGCAGAUGUGCAAAAUAUAAGAUUUUACUUUCAUGAACGAACAGCAGAUGUUCAACACCAUUUAUUUGGGAAGGAGCUGGAUUGAGAUUAUUCGUGAUUCCGGACCGGAUGGAGUUUGGAAUCGGCCUGCUACAUAGAUUAAGCUUUCAAUCUCAGUUGCAUCUCAAACAUUUACUUUCCAGAAGCCUCCAGAGCAUAAGCAAUUUGUCAGCUUUAGAUCUGUUCGGUAUGCGAGCAGCCACUUAACAACCAAAAGAUAAAUAGAGGAAAGCAUUAAAAGAGAAGGAUAUUUGCUGGUUUUCAGCCACAUCACGAAAUUGCUGACAAAGGCGUAAUAGUGUGUGGAAACAGGAGAAAGUAUGCUGUUUUGGCACUGAAGAACUGCUCCUUCAAAGAUCCUUUCGGUAAAGCAUGAGCCUCGAGACAUGCCAGUAAUAGCAAUGGCGAAAAACCCAGGCAGUUUGGCAAGUUUAAUCUUAAACUCGAGUGCCAUAAAUGGUGAUGUAUUACAGACAGUCAAUACUGCAGCAAAGGACGUCAGCACAGGUGGUUCACUGACGGCAACAAGUUUGGCAGUAACUCUAUUUCUCUGCAUCGUCAUGAUUGUCUCCUUGGUUGGUAACACACUCGUGUUGGUGACUUUUCGUAUAUCUGAUGAACUCAAUCGAGUCUCUGACUAUUUUAUCAUCAACCUAUCAAUCUCAGACUUGACGGUUACAGUGUUUUCCAUUCCGUUCUGGAUGUCCUACGUUCUCACUGGCUGGCCCAACAAUCGAAGUGGGACCAUCUAUACUUUAUGGAUAAGCCUCGAUAUUUUCUGCGGCUGUUGGUCCAUAAUGAGUCUCGCGAUGAUAAGCAUUGAGCGCUAUUUCUGUAUCGUAUACCCAAUGCGGUAUGAAAAUAUCGUCACAAAGCAGCGUGGCAUGACAGUUGUUGUAUUUGUACUGGCUUACAGCACAAUGGCAUCAAUUCUUGGAUACAUACAAGCAACCACAGGUCAGGCUAUUGUUUCGGUGUGCAUUGUCAUAUUGUCUUACGUCAUCCCAAUCAUCAUUAAAGGGUUCACGUAUGGGAGGAUCUACGGUGAAGUAAAAAGACAAAUCAAGUUCAUGGUUCAAGUGGAGAAGGACAGACAGAGGUUCCUUGCAUCUCAGGAGAUUGUGUCUGGGCAAGAGGACGAGUAUGACUCUGAAGGAAGUACUCCAAAAAAACCUUCACGAUCUGGAAUAUUGACAAAGGUUGAAGAUGGUUCGAAGAAAACGACGUUUUUCCAGAAGCUCAGAUUUUUACAACGGAUUCUUGGCGGAAAUAAACAAAAAGACGUGGUGAAGAAAGGGGAAUAUUUUACAGGAGGAGGUGGACGUGGCAUCGAUGUAUGCAGCCAAUUACAAAGGGAUGGUAUUGAAGAUUGGGAGGCGUAUCUGGAUGAUCUUGAAAGAAGAACAAGCAAACCCUAUGUGUCAUUGAACGUUGCAAGUGCAAAGGGGAAAUUUGAUUUGGAUGAAAUUGUUGACGCAGGAGCCAUUUCUAGUGACCAUUGUCUCACUUCUCAAGUAUCAACAGAGGCUGAGGGCCGACGGGUUCAGUUAUUCAAUGAUCGUCAGGGACAAGAAAGAAAUGGAGCAGAGAUCUCGAUUGCAGACAUUUCGGUGUCAAGACCAGCUCUCAAGAUUCAAACCAUCAAAAAACACAGCAAAAAUAGUAAAGGCCGAAAAAUUUCCUCGUGGAGAUUCAAGAAAGAAACAAAAGGAGCCAAAGUCAUUGGAGCCAUUAUUGGUACAUUUCUGUUACUAUGGACGCCUUUUAUAAUGAUUGUGGUACUAAGCAUUCUGAGCAUCAGGGUAUCCACGGCAACAAUUAUGGCGGUAAAGUGUCUUCACUAUGCGAAUAGUGCUAUCAACCCGAUUUUGUACAUAGUACUGAAUAUCGCGUUGCGGAAAGAAGUGAAGAAAGUGUUAUCAAAGGCGGCAAAUCUGAAAUGUGGUUGUCGUGACAGCUAGUUGUCAAGUGGUACCGCUGCUGUGUCAUUUAACAUGUACAGUAUUGGGUCAAACACAUAAUGAAUAACUACCAUCUUGGCAAGACGUACGUUUUUGAUAAAGAAGGUACACAUUAACGAACCAUCUACCAUUUACUGCUGACGCUCAUAAAACAGUCGGGAUAUUAUUUCGGGUAAAUUCAUCAACAUAACAUCAUAUAACAUCAUACAUUGGGUCAAACAGCCAGAGAAUGGCACGUCAUAACUGGCAUUAAAA